AUUCCAGAGAUUUUAUUGGCCUUGACUCUUUGCGGAUGUGGUGAAAAUCAUGAAGACUUGUGUGGUGAGUGCAUGUAGAGCACUGCCCCGAAAGGAAAAUUAAUUUAAGAGUCUCAUCCGUCUAUCCCCCUCUGAUGUGAAUAAUUCCGAAGGAUUGCAGUGCACAGCUCCCGAAUAUCCAACAAGGGUCACUUUCUGCUCUGUCAGCAUUUUUGGGUACAGUUUUGGUACGGUCUAUCUAAAUUUUACACUGGGCUAAUUUUGUCAUUGAUUACACACCAUAUGUACUGCUUUUCUUGGUCAGUUUACGGUGAUGCCAUUUGGUCUAAAACCAACUCGGUAUAUAAUCUCAAUUGAUAUGAUGCUUACUAGAUUACCUUAAUUUCGUGUACAGUGAUACUUGGAACGAACACCUUUUUCACCUAGAACAAACAUUCUCGAACUCAAGCGAGCAGGCUUGACUGUGAACACCAGCAUUAUUCUACAUUAUUUUCGAGGCACUACAUUUUUUCGCAGAUGGUUCAAACUAAACAUUUUGCGGAUCUUCUUUUCAAAGAUAGAGGUUCAAAUUACAGUAGAGAGAAAGUAAACCAACUUUCAAGGCUCAAGGUUCAAGGUUAAUCCUCGAAAACCUCGAAAGUAACCAGCUAUACAGUAUUUGUCCUUGAAGCUGCUCGCAUAAUCCGCCAAGGCCUAGUGAUUUGUACCUUUAUGCGCUAUAAAAGGAAAUGCUUUGCUUCUCAGUAUUUAGUGUUUACAAACAGUUCAUAACAUAUUAUUCACAAACUAGAUCCAAUUACCUGUUUACAGCGCAAUCAUACACUGAAACUAAAUACAUGUAGAUAAUCUAUUAUUAAUUAUGAGAAUUGUUACAAACUUUCAACAGCAAGAGAUAACCAACAGUUCGAAUAGAAACUUAUUCUUUCAUAUAUAGAUUUAGGAUUGAGGGGGCUGGUUAAACAUGUGAUACGAAUGAUGCUUAAAAAUAUAUACUAUUAUGAUUGUGUCAUUCAAAGUUGACAGAAUCAACCUGUUCAAGCGCAAGUCAGCAAUAAUCAUUUGUAAAUCUCUGUUGCCAACAAACUACAUGCAAUUCACUAACAUUUCAGAAAAUUUAAUAAGUUAAGAGAGAUGGGCACUAUAUUUAAGAAAUAUCGCUGUUGAAGAAGGGGUGAGUCUGGUUUGUAAACACUGUCUUGGAACUGUCAGACUGUUACUUUCGUUCCCUCUUCUUCUGUCAGUGAGUGUAAUUACUAAUACCUUGGUAUCCUUGAAAUACAAGCCCAUACCAGCCAUAUCAAUUGGUUAUAAUUAUAUAAUAAUAGUCUCCCAUUUGAAUGUGAAUAAUAUUAAUAAUUAAUAGCUCCUUAACUAAUAAAUUACAUGCCAAAUAAUUUUCGUAAAAAUAAUAUCGCUGUAUACAUGCACGUGCACCCACUGACAUCAAUAUUUUGGUCAUUUUCCCCCAUUUGUAACCCAACCUAGCCACACCCAAUACCUUAUGAAUCCCUCCCCUUUUGCAAAUAUCGAUCGGAAUGUGAAGGACCCUUGAUGUUUUCAACAGCCUCAAAGUACUCUUGGAAGUGCAGGACGACACCUAUAUCAAUACAUGUUGCCUAUACAUCCUCAGCUAUCUGCCAAAUAAUGGACUCGUGUUUGUCGAUAAUUUACUAUUCAUAAAAACUUGUUUACAGUCUAUCACAUGCACCUCGGAUAUCAUGACUGAACUUUUAAUCAUCCCAAAGUUUAUUUAUCAUUCAAUGCAAUGCGCAUACGCUGUGAACAAAUACAACUUCUAUAGUCGUUAAACAUGAUGACAAGUGUCUGCAGGCCAAAUGCAGUACUAAUUAUCUUAUUUUCAAUGAUAAGUGAAGAGGUGUACUCAUCAUCAGUGUCUCUGACUGUUGAGGGAGGAGUUAGUCUGGUUGGUGAAUACUGUCCUGGAACUGUCAGACUGUUCUGUGAGGGAGUGGACCUUACACAGUUGGAGUGGAGGUUGUACCAUGUUGAAAACAUUAAUUUUUUCAAGAUCUUUUCGCCUGAUAGUUUGAAUGAGACAAGAAAUGUAUCAAUUUUAGCCUCUGCAUCUGUUGAACUUGUUCGAGUGUCUCAAGACAGAAUUUCUAAAGUUUUUGCGAAUUUCUCAUCAAUUCUUACUUUAGAACUUUCUCAAACAGCCAUUGAGAUACAAAACAUUACGAGGAUCAGCUGUGGUGACCCAGAAACUACCAAUGACACCAUGGUGAACAUCUCAAUAGUGAAAGAAACACUGCCCAAUGUCUCUAACUUCAGUGUAAGAAUCAAUACAUCAUCUGUCCCCUCUAUAUUUAUACUGGCUGUCACUUGGAAACAAUACGUUGAAUGUUCGCAAUAUCAGGAGGACAUCCUUUACAAUAUUUCUCUUCUCUAUGAAGAUACAAGCUAUAGCAAAAGUGUGAGCAGUAGUGUAUGUACACCAACUUGCUUUGUCCCCUUUGAAGUUUCGGUGACUGGAAAUGAUAAGAUCUAUGUUGUCACCCUUCAAGCUAGAAACAGCAUAGGGACUAGUAAUAUCACUACAUACAGCGGUAUCAUACCAGCUGGUGCUAUUAUGUGUGAUACACCUUCUACUCCUAUCAACGGGAGCCUUAGAAUUUUUUUUGUUGAAUCUGGUUUCACGGAGGGGUCAGAAAUUUUGCUCCUGUGUGACGAUAGUCUACUUCCCAGUUACCCAAGAACAGCAACUUGUGUUAAAGUUUCAGGAAGAGGAGAGUGGGUGCCUAAUUCUGCUGACCUACUUUGUGAAGCACCCAUUACUAACGAAUCAGUUCACAUCAAUACGUCUUGUGUAUCAGAGAAAGAUGGCCACUCUUUAUCAAAUGCUGAGAUUACAGGAAUGAGCACAGGCAUAACGUUCUUAAUAGCAACCCUCCUUGGAUUCCUCUCUGGACUCUUAGUGAUGUACCUUUUCUCUCGUAAGAAGGCAGUGUUCUCCCCGAUAGCUGAAGGACAAGCUAACAUAGGACCCAUUGCAUCAGCUGGUCCUGUUUAUGAGGAGGUGUUACCUAAAGAGGAGAUUGAACUGAACACUAACCAGGCGUAUGGACCAUUAGGAGUAUGAAAAACAUGACUGUGUUACACUAAUAUUCCAGCCAAUUAUUAUUAUUGUGGUACAUUUGACGAGUCAGAUAGUAUUCCAUCCACUGAUUUGAGCUGAAUUGACCAUUAUCUCAAUCACCCGUUUACAGUGCAAUCACAUACACUGAAACUAAUUGUUGCCAUUAACAAGAAUUGUCACAAACUUUCCAUACACUGAAACUAAUUGUUGCCAUCA